AUGCCCCCAGCAUGUGGUGCGAGUCGUGGAGCGUUGCGUUUGGUGCGUUCCAUCGACGAGCUCGUCAAUCGAACACGAUCGUCAAAGCUACACCUCGACGGGAACACGAUGGAUUUGGCAGCUCAAAAGAUCAUGGUUUUGGAUAUGGAAGAGUACAUGGAAGGUGACAGAGAAACUCCAUCAACAAACCCAAAAAUUGUCGAAACUUUCGAACACUUGCUACCACUUCCCCAUCAUCAUCAAACGGGUGUUUGUCUCUCUCCACAUCUCACCGCCGCUUUAACAUCUUUGUCCGCAUUUUCUUUUCUUCUUUGUCUUUUGCUCGGCUAUUAUAUUUUGUCAAAGAGACGACAAUCGAAGGAUUUCAAU